AUGAGCUCCACGAGCAACGAUACACUGUCAAAACUUAUCACCCGGCACACUGUCGACGGUGUCGAGUUUGAUCUCCUGCAUAGGACCAGCUGGGCCGAUGCGUACACAGCUUACAGAUGCAUAAAGAAGGAAAAAGCCACUGGAAACCAGGCUUCCCUCUGGGUUCGGAGUCAGCUACAGAGUCAUCUUUACGACAUAGGCAGUGCCAUACAGAGGAAUGCGGGGAAAAUUCUCUUCGUCGGACUUCUCGUUUUGGCGGCAUUCUGCAUAGGACUGAAAUCUGUCCACAUCGAAAAUGAUCUCGAGAAGCUUUGGGUCGAAGAGGGAGGCCGCGUUACCCGAGAAUUGGACUACAUCCGAGCCAAACUCGACGCCUCGCCGGCGACGUUCUCGGAUCAAAUCCUUAUCCAGACGCCAGUCGCGGGAGCGAGUCAGAACAUCUUGCGAGCAGACAAUCUUCUAUCUCACGCUCGCAUGCUCGAGCUCGCACUGCAGAUCGAAGUUGAGCUUUACGACUACGCGUGGAGUCUAGAGGAUAUCUGCGUGAAACCCAGCGUGCCGCCCACGGGACUGUACUACGUCGACGACAGGCUCGAGAAGUUGAUGCCCUGCAUAAUAAUGACGCCUCUCGACUGUUUCUGGGAGGGGUCGAAACUCUUGAAUCGAAGAAACGUUCCGUACGCCGUUCUCGGCAACGAUACCCAGUACCUUCGGUGGACGUACCUGAACCCCGUCCAGCAGCUGAUCGACGCGCAGAGUCAAUUCAAUGGCACCGAAUUUCCGUAUGAUCUCAUGCAGAAGUACAUUUCACGUGCUGGUAUCGGCACGGCUUACAUGGAGCGACCCUGUCUGGAUCCCAGCGACCCGAACUGUCCGAAAACGGCGCCGAACGCCAAGUCGAAAACCCCACCGUCGACGUCACACAUCGGCGCAGCCCUCACGGGAGGCUGCUAUGGCAUCGCUUCGAAUUACAUGCACUGGCACGAGGAUCUCAUUUUGGGUGGAAUUCAGAAAAAUCGCUCGGGGGUUAUCGUCAAGGCCGAGGCCCUGCAGAGUAUCGUGCGGAUCAUGGAAGACAAAGAGGUCUACGCGCAUCACGCCGAUAGCCACAGCCAAGUGAACUCCGAUUGGACUGUGGAACGCGCUCGCGAGGUGAUCAACGCGUGGCAGAAGAAAUUCACCGAACAGGUGAUGAAGAAAGCGCAGGAGGGCGAGAAGAAACAGCAGUACAACGUGUUCACGUUCAACGCCCUGAAGCACAUCGUUAGCUCGUUCAGUAAACCGAACAUCAGCGGAUUGAUCAUCGGUGCCGUUAUCGUCGCCGUAUACGUGUGCUCAGUUCUGGUGAAUUUUCAAAAGCCCGAACUAUCUCAAGCGUUCGUUGGCUUCAUCGGUGUCGUGGUCGUUGCCCUGAGCCUCACUUCGGGAUUCGGCUUUUGCGCCCUGAUCGGACUGACGUUCAACGUCAUCUCGACGCAAGUUCUGCCGUUCCUGGCGCUGAGCCUUGGAACCAGAGGCAUUUUCCAGCUGACACACACCCUCAACAAGAUAGUAUCCAGCGGAGCCGUUCCUCUAGAGGAACAAACCGGCGAAUGUCUGAAGCGUACGGGAGUGAACAUCGUCUUGUCGAACACCGCCACGAUUCUGGCCUUCUUCGCUGCCUCCCUGAUCCCCAUCCCAGCCCUGAGGGUGUUCUCGCUCCAGGCGGCGAUCCUUCUGACUUUCUCCCUGGGUAGUGUCCUAUUCCUCCUCCCGGCCGUGUUCAGUCUGGAUCUGCAGCGGAGAGCUUCGCGACGUCUGGAACUUCUGUGUUGUCUCAAAGCUUCGGAACCGAACCACGAAACGCUAGACGGAAGGAACGACUCCGCUACCGAGCUGGUGACAGGUCAGCCGGUGCGCGUCAGGGACGAAGCCUUCGUUAAACCAACGGUGUCGGUGAUCUCAAUCGAAGAGAACGACGAGAACGAGCUUCGACUUCGAAGGCAACGCGGCAUCGACGACGGAUGCUUCGGCUUCUCGCUCAGUAGCUUCGCCUCUGACGUUUAUGCGCCGCUUGUUCAUCAUCCCGCAGUGCGGACGCUGGCUGUGCUCUCGUUCAUCGGGCUGUUGAUAUUCGGAAUGUGGGGUGUGACGCAUCUCGAAGACGGGAUGCAACUCAGUGACCUCAUUCCCAAGCAGAGCCACGAGUAUGAAUACUUGAUCAGGCAGGAGAAAUACUUCAGGUUCUACAGUAUCUUCGCCAUCACUCAGGCGAACUUUGAAUAUCCAGCCAAUCAGCGACUUCUGCACGAGUACCACUCCGCCUUCGCUCGCGUGGGCAACAUAGUGAAGAACGACGAUGGAGGUUUGCCCGACUUUUGGCUGUCGUUGUUCCGGGACUGGCUCCUAGGCCUUCAGAAAACCUUCGACGAUGAGCUCCGCCAAGGCUUUGUCAACACCGAAGGCUGGACAGCGAACGCCACCACGGAUGCUGUGCUCGCCUACAAGCUCCUUGUGCAAACUGGCCGAUCCGACAACCCCAUCAAUAAAAGUCAAAUUUUGACGAAUCGUCUCGUCGACAGAGACGGUAUCAUCGACAAUAAAGCUUUCUAUAACUAUCUGACCGCGUGGUACAACAACGAUCCCCUGGCUUACCAAGCGUCUCAGGCCCAACUCGUCCCUCAGCCUCCGCACUGGGAUAUGAUCGCCCGGUCGAACGAGCUCAGGAUCAAGAAAAGCUCAGCUAUCCAGUACUCACAGCUGCCAUUUUAUCUCCACAAUCUGAACUCGACCAAGGAAAUCACUUCAGUCAUUGCGCAGCUGAGAGCGAUUUCGGAAAAGUUCGAAGAUCGCGGGCUGCCAAACUUCCCCACCGGACUGCCGAUAGUAUACUGGGAGCAGUACCUCAAUCUGAGAUUCUAUAUGAUGCUCGCGAUCGUCCUGAUCCUGGUCACUGUAUUCAUCAUCAUCUCAUCGGUCCUUCUCAACCUGGCCGUUGCCCUGACGAUAACCGUUGUCCUGGCGAGCUGCGUCUGCCAGGUACUCGGCGUGCUUCACGCUCUUCACAUGACCCUGAGCGCUGUCCCGGCGGUCCUGGUCAUCAUGAGCAUCGGCAUGGGAGUGGAUUUCAUGCUCCAUCUGACGAUGGCUUACCUGACGGCUCUCGGAAAUAAAACCCGCCGGGUCAGCAUGGCGUUGGAAUACAUGUUCGCCCCAAUGGUGCAUUCAGUCAUCACCACCCUGCUAGGCAUCGCGAUGCUGGCGUUCUCCGACUUCGAGUUCGUGAUAAGGCAUUUCUCCUAUCUACUGUCGGCGAUCGUCGUCAUCUACUCGUACAGCGGGUUCGUUGUACUCCCCGUUCUGCUCAACCUCGUGGGACCUCAAGGAGAAUUGAUCCCGCGGAAGAAUCUCAAUCGGAUCGAACCUCCGACGCCGCGGUCGUCACCGAUAUUGAAGUCUCGGAGCUCUUCCCGCCGAAAAUCCCGGCCCGACGAUCUGUCCAAGCGGAAUAGCAGACGCGAAGCGCUCGCUGCCAGAUCUGAUUUCUCGCUAUCAACAAUCACCGAGGAACCGUCCUCUUACCAAUGCAGUUCCCCCGAGCCGGAACCGGCUAAAAUAGUCGUCGAGCCAGAAAUAACUGUCGAAACGACGACAACCACGACGAACAUGUGCAACGGUACUGUGACGGCAUCGGCGACGACAUCUGCCCCGAGUCCGAUGCCAUCAACGGCCUCGAGCGGAAUCGAUAGUCGGACCGAUAGUCCCACGGUCGUUACGACGACGGACGUCACUCCGAGCGGUACCAACGUAACCACUAAAGUCACAACCACAGCCAAGGUCAAAGUUGAAGUUCACGCUCCAAUGCCUUACGUGCACCACGAUUAUUAUUGGGCUGGACGGCCUCCAAGCCGUCGAAGUUCGCGCCAAACGUCCGAUUUUAAGCGGCCGGCUGGUCAAUACGCCGAAUUCAAUAAGUGCCGGUAA